AUGUCCUCCGAUUAUCAGCACCAGCAUCAGCCAUACCAGGACGACCAUGACCGCGACGAAGAAGACGCUCCUUUUCUGUCCCAGCAGGAUGGCGACCGUAGUGGCCACGCCCGCGGCCACUCGCACUCCUCUGCUCACGAUGGGGAGAAAGGAGGCGUGGUUAUCAACGGCGCUAUCCGCUCGCGACUCAUGAUUACGCUCCUUGCGAUUGUCCUAGCUGUUGAAGUCGGCUUCGUAAUGGCUGGUGGCCCAAUGACCCGCAUUUACGAAGCGAUCGCCUGCCGUGAGCAUUUCGCCGAAUUUGACCCGACCAAGAUCGGUCCUGAUGGCCAGGUCGCGGAGGAGCUGUGUAAGGGCAAGGAAGUCCAGAGUGAGGUCGCUGCUGUAAAGGGGUAUAUGGAGUUCUUCGAGGGCGUUUUGAGUGUUUUCUUGGCUGCGCCAUACGGUCUUCUGGCGGACCGGUUUGGUCGCAGAAAGGCGCUCUGUUUCGGUAUCCCGGGGUUUAUCCUCAAUUGUGUGAUUAUGUUCGUUGUUAUGUGGUUUUCUGAUAUCUUUCCACUGCGUGCGGUGUGGGCUUCCUGCUUGACUUUUGUGUUUGGCGGGGGCCCGGUUGUGACUAUUGCUGUUAUCUUUACUAUGAUAGCUGAUGUGACGACAGAAGAUGAGAGGGCGAUGAUGUUCUUCCGAUUCGGCGUCGCGAGCAUGGCAGCCGACUUCGUCUCGAGUGCCGCUAGUUCGUGGCUAAUGGUUUAUAACCCCUGGGUUCCUCUCAUUGUCGGAUGGGGCGUAGUUAUCGUGGGCGUUCUCAUGGCAUUGUUCUUACCCGAGACGAAGAAUGCUGUUACUCCUCGUUCUUUUGGGCCGUCUGGCGAAAUGGAGCUUGACUCGCUAGCCUCUCCGAGCGGAGUGCGCAAAACCUCGGUUUCAUCGGAGAAGUUUACAGCAGAGCGUGAUGAGGAUGAUGCAGAUACUCAUUUCAGCAACGGACCAAGGCCGCACUCGUUCUUUGCUGCGUUGGGAAGCGUGUUCAGGUCAUAUCUCAAACCGUACGCCUUUAUUUUGCGCACAAGGCGUGUCCUUCUCCUACUAUCCUCGUUCUUGGUAUACCGACUCAGUCGCGGUUCCUCGUGGUUUUUGGUUCAGUAUAUCUCUGCGCGGUAUAGCUGGACAAUUGCCCAAGCAAACCUGCUGGUUUCCUUCAAACCGGCCCUAACCAUUCCCCUCUUCUUAUUCAUCAUCCCCGCCAUCAGCAAAUACAAGCUCAAAGGCAUGAAAUCCAACAUGAAAGACCUCCAGCUCGCCCGCGCAAGCAUUAUUUUCCUCGCGGUAGGCACGCUGGGAAUUGGACUCUCCCCAAGCACCGCAAUGCUCAUCCCCAGCCUCAUUGUGCAAACAACGGGCUCCGGAUUCGCAUACCUAGCACGGUCGUUGAUCACGACCCUUGUGAAGCGCGAAGAAACCGCGCGGUUAUUCACUGUCAUCGAAGUCCUGCAGGCUAUCGGUAACGUUAUUGCCAGUCUGUCCAUCACGAAUGUUUUCCAGAUCGGACUUGAACUGGGGGGUCCGUGGGUUGGUCUUGCGUGGAUGAUGACAUCUACGGCAUUUUGUCUUGUCGGGGUGUCUAUUUGGACAUUUAAACUGCCUUCUACGGCAGAGGACAAGCCUGAGGACCAUGGAGACUGA